UCCACCUGGAUUUAUUAACUCGUCUCAUCGGUUUCAGUUAGUGUGUGUUUUCUUAUUAUUUUGCAAUAAAAUUUUCUCGUGAAAAAGUGAUGAAAAACCAACUUUGGGAUACUCUGCAGGAAGUUGAAGAAGUUAAGGUUUCUUUUGAGCAAACCGUGAAGAAAAUAAAUAAUAUUCAACAGCGGUACAAAAUGGUAACGGCUUUGAAGAAAAAGGCGACAAAGCGUCAGGAAUCUUUCGAGGAGGAGAUCCAAGCUGCGAUUACAGAGACCCAAAUUCCCAGUCUUCCCAAGAAAAGUAUCGUCAAGAAGAAUAAGAUCAGAUUGGUAACCAAAAAAAGGGUCAAGAAGAGCAAGAAGAGUCCUUUGACCAUUCCACCUCGCAUUUCGAUAUCGGAAAAUGUCCUGGAAAUGGAGGAACCUUUUGUAUGCCUUCAAACAAAUUGUGUCUACGAAGUACACGAAACAACUACGCAUCUGGUGACGCGGAAGCCAUAUGGAGCUCUCAUUCGGAGACUUUAUCAAUCCGCAAAGGGGAUGGUUCGGGAGGAGGUUUCCUAUAAUCAGGAGCAAGAUCGUAAUCUGAAUCAGGAUCAGGAGGUUUAUCCAGAUUUUAAAAACUCCUUCUGUUCCUGCUCUUUUUGCUGUUUAGAAUGCAGAUAAAUUAUUUCUACGAGCUUUUGUCUUGCAUAUUUUUAGACCUACACAACAAAUUUUGUACGAGCAUUGAAAUUGUUGAUAAUAAAUUAAAGAUGUUUAAAAAGCAG